GUAUUCCCAGAAAUCUUCUCUCCUUCAAUUCUCUAGUAAUGGCAGCCAUGGUAACUGGAAGUUUUUGCCUUUUUUUCCUCAGCUUAAUUCUUUCCACCACCGCCUCCACAGCCGAAACCGGUGGCUUUAGUGUGGAGUUGAUCCACCGUGAUUCUCCCAAGUCUCCCUUCUACAACCCCUUGGAGAUUCCUUCUCAAAGAGUUGCCAAUGCCUUGCGUCGUUCUAUUACCCGUACCAAUCACUUUCUUUCAUCCAAAACGACUGACACACCUAGGUCCAAUAUCAUUCCCAACUCGGGCGAAUACUUAAUGAAUAUAUCCCUUGGGACCCCGCCAUUUCCGAUUCUGGCAAUUGCAGAUACCGGUAGUGAUUUGGUUUGGACACAAUGCAUGCCUUGUUCUGAGUGUUACAAGCAGGAAGCUCCACUUUACAACCCUAAAUCUUCCUCCACAUACAAAACCAUUCCUUGCUCCUCAAGGCAAUGUGAGGAACUACAGGGAACCUCUUGUUCUGGUGAAGAAUCCAAAUCAGAAUCUACUUGCGUUUAUUCAGUUGCUUAUGGUGACCAAUCUUUUUCAAAUGGGGAUCUUGUUUCGGAUACACUCACCUUAGCUUCCACAAGUGGCCGGCCAGUGGCUCUUCCUCAAACCACCUUUGGUUGCGGACAUGACAAUGAUGGAACCUUCAAUGAGAAGGGGUCCGGUAUUGUUGGCCUAGGUGGUGGUGAUGUGUCUCUAAUUUCCCAGAUGGGAGAGUCCAUAGGGGGUAAAUUCUCCUAUUGCUUGGUGCCUUUAACUGCCACUCCUGGAUCCUCAAGCAAAAUAAACUUUGGCUCCCAUGGCAUUGUUUCCGGCGUUGGAGCAGUCUCUACUCCCUUGGUUAAGAAAACUCCAGAUACCUUCUAUUUCCUUACCUUAGAAGGUAUCAGCGUUGAUGGUGACAGAAUAGAUUUCUUAGGUUCGUCCUCUGGAGCCUCGGAAGGAAACAUCAUCAUAGAUUCUGGCACUACCCUGACACUGUUACCCUCUGAUUUCUACUCAAAACUAGAGGAAUCUGUAUCUAGCAAGAUCAAUGCAACGCAGGUAGAAUCUCCAGUGUCAGGUUUGAAACUUUGCUACAGCAUUGCCAAAGGUGAUAUUGGAGUUCCCGAGCUAACAGUCCAUUUCAAAGGUGCUGAUGUGAAGCUUAAGCCUUUAAACACUUUUGUUCAAGUGAGUGAGCAGGUCAUGUGCUUUACAUUCAUAGGUAUUGACAACAAUGGUAUUUCCAUCUAUGGAAACUUGGCGCAAAUGAAUUUCUUGGUUGGAUAUGAUUCUCAGAAGCAGACUGUGUCCUUUAAGCCAACGGAUUGCACCAAGGCGUAACUCAUCGUCUCUAGUUGAGUAGGGUCUAACGUCUAUCUUUGAUCUGUUAAUUGAAUUAUAUUAGUAAUGUUUAUAACUUCUAUAAAUAAAAAAGAUCUUUUCUCACUCUUGAAUUUGCAGAGUAUUAUAUUGAGUAAUUUACUUGCAGGCUCUUUCCCUUGUUUGUUCUUUAACGGCAAGAAAGUGGAGAAAUAUAGCGCUUAAGCUUGA